AUGGCGACAAAGUGCACCGGGCUGCAAGCCAAGGUGAGCCGUAUGCUGAGCAAGGAGUUCGGGAAGCCGAUUCUGAAACCCAACAAGCCGCUGGUGCUGCGGAACGAGGUGGCGAAUAGGAAACUGCGACAGGGAGAGGCCUCCUGUCUGACCGAGAUGUCUGUGAUGAUGGCGUGCUGGAAGCAGAGUGAGUUCAACCACGCUGCCUGUGCCCCGGAGGUGCAGAGCUUCCAAAGGUGCACGAGGAAAGCUCAGAUGGGCCAGGAGAGCAGUGGGCAGGGGGGCCGCCUACACCCCAAGCAAGCCAACACCCUGCUGAAGCGACACCCCAACCUGUACCGUGAGAUCUAGGGGACCUCCUGUCUACAGGGAGGCAGGCAGACAGACUGCAUGGGAGCCUCCCCUCACAGCUCUACAAGCAAAUCAAACAGAGACAGAGAAAUGGGGGAGACCACACCCCAAUCCUGACCUGAA